AGCCCGGGUGCGUAGAGCGCGCCGGCCGGCUGCGGGCCCGCGCCAGCCCGGAGGGAGCGCAGCCUCUCUGGGCCCUGCCUGAGCAGGCCUGCCUGGCAGGCUGGGACAUGCCUGGCCCCCGGGGCCUGCCGGUGGGCGAUGGCUGCGGCGGAGGGGGAGCUGGAGCCCCAGGUGGCGGCUGCCGAAGAUGCUGCAGGAGAUGCUGCAGACGCUGUGGAUGCGAGUCUGGGGGCGCACCUUCUCCCUGCCGGGAACCGGCUGAGCUUGGACCUGUACCCUGGGGGCUGCCGCCGGCUGCUGCACCUGUGCGCCCAGCAGACCCCUCGGCUGCUGGAGGUGGAGUUCCUGCAGCUGAGUGGCCACGAAGACCCUCGGCUGCUGGAGGCCACGCUGGCUCGGGUGCCGGAGAGCCUGCCGCGCCUCCGGUCCCUGGUCAUCAGAGGCGGACAGCACUGGGAUGUGCAGGGUGCCCGCCUCCGGGGCUCUCUGGCCGCGCUGCCCGCCGGCCUGAGCAGCCUGGCCUGCCUGGUCCACCUGGAUCUGAGCUUCAACAGCCUGGAGACCCUGCCGGCCUGCGUCCCACAGAUGUGUGGCCUGGGCGCCCUCCUGCUCUCUCACAACCACCUCUCAGAGCUGCCCGAGGCCCUGGGGGCCCUCUCUGCCCUCACCUUCCUUUCUGUGACUCACAACCGCCUGCGGACGCUGCCCACGGCCCUGGGAGCCCUGUGCUCCCUGCAGCGCCUUGACCUCUCUGAGAACCUCCUGGACACUCUGCCCCCGGAGAUCGGCAGCCUGCGCAGCCUCGAGGAGCUCAGCCUGGCCUCCAACCGGCUGCAGAGCCUCCCGGCCUCCCUUGCGGAGCUGCGUUCCUUGCGGUUCCUUGUCCUGCACAGCAACCUUCUGGCCUCAGUGCCUGCCGGCCUGGCCCGCCUCCCGCUGCUCGCCCGGCUGGACCUGAGGGACAACCAGCUCCGGGAAGUGCCCCCCGAGCUGCGAGACGCCCCCUUUGCGCGCCUGCAGGGGAACCCCCUGGGCGAGCCCCUGCCAGACUCCUGCAGUCCCCCAGGGACACCCGUGGCCGGGGAAAUGCCCAGACUGUUCCUCACCUCAGACUUCGACAGCUUCCCCGUGACCCCCCACGGCUGCUCUGUGACCCUGGCCUGCGGCGCCCGCCUGCAGUUCCCGGCUGGGGCCACCGCACACUCUCUCACCAUCCGCUAUCGCCUGUGGCCGCCGGAGCCGCGCCUCGUCCCCCUGGGUCCCCACGACUCCCUGCUCAGUGCUGUCCUGGAGCUGCAGCCCCACGGGGUGGCCUUCCAGCAGGCACGGCCGGCGGGCAGGGCGGGUGCAGAGGGGCCCGGCUGGGCCAGGAGCUGACCCGCCCUCACCCCGCAGGACAUCGGCCUGUGGCUGCUCUUUGUGCCGCCGCGGGCCCGGCGCUGCCGGGAGGUGGUGGUGAGGACCCGGAGUGGCCACAGCUGGAGUGACCUGGAGACCCACCUGGAGAAAGAGACACCGAAGCGGCUCUGGGCCCACUGCCAGGUACCCCACUUCUCGUGGUUCCUUGUGGUUUCACGCCCUGUGUCCAACGCCUGCCUGGUGCCACCGGAGGGGAAGUUGCUGUGGUCCUCGGGGCAUCCUGGGGUCAAGGUCACAUUCCCUCCUGGAGCCACCGAAGAGCCUCGUCCGGUCCACAUGCAGGUGGUGCAGACGCCGGCCCGAGAGCUGCGGGCCCUGCUGGGGGAGGCCGAGGCCGCCGCGAGCCCCCUGCUGGGCCUCUCCCAGCGCGGUCCCCCCGGCUUUCUCCGCCCAGUCACCGUGCAGCUGCCCUUGCCUCCCGGUGUCACAGGCCAGAGUCUGGACCGCAGCCGCCUGCACCUGCUGCGCGGGGCUCCGCCGGCCGUCACCUGGGACGACAUCACGGCUCAGGUGGUGCUGGAGCUCACCCACCUGUACGCUCGCUUCCAGGUCACACACUUCUCCUGGUACUGGCUCUGGUACACCACCAAGACCUGUGUGGGGGACCUGGCGCGGAAGGCCUGGCAGCGGCUGCGGCUGCACCGUGUGAACCUGAUCGCACUGCAGAGGCGCCGGGACCCCGAGCAGGUCCUGCUGCAGUGCCUGCCCCGCAACAAGGUGGACACCACCCUGCGGCGGCUGCUGGAGCGGUACCGCGGCCCCGAGCCCUCGGACACGGUGGAGAUGUUCGAAGGCGAGAAGUUCUUUGCCGCCUUUGAAAGAGGCAUCGACGUGGAUGCCGACCGCCCGGACUGCGUGCAGGGCCGACUGUGCUUCGUGUUCUACUCGCACCUGAAGAACGUGAAGGAGGUGUACGUGACCACCGCCCUGGACCGGCAGGCGCAGGCCGUGCGGGGCCAGGUGUCCUUCUAUCGGGGAGCCGUGCCCGAGGAGGUGCCCGCGGAGGCUGAGGCAGCCCGGCAGAGGAAGGGCGCAGACGCCCUGUGGAUGGCCACUCUGCCCAUCAAGCUGCCGAGGCUGCGGAGGUCCGAGGGGCCGGGGGCGGGCCUCUCCCUGGCACCUCUGAACCUGGGCGAUGCCGAGACCGGCUUCCUGACCCAGAGCAACCUGCUGAAUCUGGCCGGGCGCCUGGGCCCUGACUGGCCGGCCGUGGCCCUGCGCCUGGGCCUGUCCUACCAGGAGCUGCAACGCAUCCGCCAUGACUUCCGGGACGACCUGGACGGGCAGAUCCGUCACAUGCUCUUCUCGUGGGCUGAGCGCCAGGCCGGGCAGCCAGGGGCCGUGGGGCUCCUAGUGCAGGCCCUGGAGCAGAGUGACCGGCGGGAUGUGGCCGAAGAGGUGCGGGCCAUCCUGGAGCUUGGCCGCCACAAGUAUCAAGAUGGCAUCCGUCGCACCAGCCUUGCCGCCGGGGACCUUGCCUCCUCUGGGCCUUCCGCCCCACAGUCCCCGGAGCCGGCCCAGGCCUAG